GUAUACUCAUAAAGCUGCCAUGGAUCCUGAUCUGUAUAGGGCUGUAACAGAAGGCAACUCAACUUUGCUCUUGCAAUUAUUAGAAGCAUCAAAAGAAGAUUACCAACAAGAAGAACAGAGUGAUCAAAACAUGAACACUCUACUCCACAUCGCCGCCCACUCAAACAAUGUUCAAAUUGUGAAGGUAAUCCGCGAAAAACAACCUCCAACGAUACUGAGAAAGAGGAAUUACAGGGAAGACACCGCACUCCACAUAGCCGCAAGGCAUAAUAACGCUGAAGUGGUUAAGUAUUUGUUGCGUUGGGCUAAGGAAACAGACGAAGCAGAGAAUCCAUCUAUAAGAUAUCAUACGGUGAAGUUUAGGAAUAGAUGUGGGAACACAGCUUUACAUGAAGCUGUUCUUGGGAGUCACCAUGAAGUGAUUGAAGUUUUGAUGGAUUGGGAUACAGAGGCUAUCUUGAUUAAGAAUAAACGCAAGGAAUCACCACUUUAUUUGGCUGCUGACCGUGGGUUGCAUGCUGUGUUGGAGAAAAUGUUGAAAGUUGCAGUGGAAAAUGAAAUUUUCAAGAAUGUUUAUCUUCGUAUCUAUUACGGUCCCGACGGCAGGACACCUUUGCACGCUGCCGUUGCUAAGAAGCAUCCAUUAUGCAUCAACAUUCUAUUGGACAAAAAGAAGGAACUCAUUAGUAAAGCAGAUGCAGAUGGAAGAACUCCUCUUCAUUAUGCAGCAUCAUUUGGCCAUUUUGAAGAAGCUCGUUGCUUACUACAAAAAGACACUUCUAUUGCACAUGAAAUGGAUGAUCAAGGGCACUGUCCUAUACAUGUAGCUGCAAGUAAAGGUUAUAUUGACAUAAUUCAAGCUAUUCCAGAAUAUUGUCCAGGAGCAAGAGAGACAUCAAAUGAAAAAGGUCAGAAUAUUGUUCACCUUGCUGCUAAGAAUGGGAGAUCAAAUUUAAUAACUUACAUGCUUCAACAGAAAUCUAAGUUUGGAAAACUUAUAAAUGCCAAGGAUAUUAACGGAAACACACCACUUCAUUUGGCAACCAAGAAUUCUCAUCCGAAGGUUGUUUGCAUUCUCAUGAGGGAUAAUGUAGACAUGACUAUCAUGAAUGAUGAAGGCCUGACAGCUCUAGACAUUGCAGAGAAGAAGCAAAUGGAUGAUACAAUCUCAUUUCCAAAGGUUCUUACCCUAACAGCUUUAAGAAUUAAUAAUGCACCAUCAGGUCGACCACCUCCAAUUAUUGAGAAAAAUAAAUCAAAAGGAAAUCUAAAAAAAGAAUAUUAUGAAAAGAAAUUCAAAGAGAGGUUCAGUACUCUUGUGCUUGUAGCAACACUGAUCUCGACGGUCACCUUCACCGCGGGUUUUACAAUCCCUGGAGGUUACAACAAUGAUGGUCCAUACAAAGGCAUGGCUACCUUGUUAAAGAAGCCUGCAUUUCAUGUUUUUGUGAUCUGCAAUACCAUGGCUUUAUAUCUUUCUAUAGUAGUUGUGGGGAACAACAUAUGGGCACAAUUGGAUGAUAGUCCUUUCUUGAUUCUUGCAGUUAACUUAAGUGUACCAUUUUUGGGUAUAGCUCUUAUUAUGAUGGCUAUAGGAUUUGCAGCAGGUUUGUACUCUGUGAUACUUAAACUUCAGUGGCUUGCCUUCUUGGUUUUGGUGAUUGGAGCAAUCUUUCUUCUCUAUAUCAUUAUUCUUCUUCUUCUAUUCAAUGUCCGACGUAUGUCCAAGUACCCAGUUCUGCGGCACAUCUGCAAGUUGGGCUUCUAUCUUAUGAUCUUCACAUUUGAUAGAUUCAUGACCACACAAACUGUUGAUCACUAGCAU